AUGGCAGAUAGGUUACUAAACAACCGUGAUUCUAAAUUAGAGGCAGGUGUCUUAUCACCACCGAAAGGGAACGUACCAAAAGAGAUAAAAAUUGAUGAAAUGAAAUUGGAAAGGGUUGCAAGGCCCUUGAGAAACGUGAAAUUCAUUCCUACAAAAGCAUUGGUCUUCCGUUCAAAACAUGGUCCUACUGAAUUCUCCUAUGAUAGCAAAAUAAAAUUACCAGUCCCAAAAAAUAAGUUGGUGGUGCAAGUAAAAUAUGUUGGACUGAAUCCCAUUGAUUUCAAAAUUAGAAACGGUUACUCAUCUGCAAUAUACCGUGAGGCAGGUUUAGGCAGGGAAUACAGCGGUAUGAUAACACAUGUCGGUCAAAAUUUACAAGGUCACUGGAAUAUCGGAGAUGAAGUGUUUGGUAUAUUCUAUCAUCCUCAUUUGGCAAUUGGUUGUUUGCAAACUUCAAUUUUGAUAGAUCCUUCUGUCGAUCCAAUUCUUGUUAGACCAGAAGGUUUAUCUCCUACUGCAGCCGCUGGUAGUCUUUAUUGUCUGGGUACUGCAUUUAAUAUACUUGAUAGGCUUGAAAGGAAAGGUUUUUUGAAAAAUGAAGCAAAUAUACUGAUUAAUGGUGGUACUAGCUCCGUUGCCAUGUUUACUAUACAACUAUUAAAGUAUCAUUAUAAGGUUGCUAAAAAGUUGAUGAUCGUCACUACAGGCUCAAGUUCAGAGAAACUGAAGAUUUUCUUCCCAGAUUUACGAGAAGAGAUGUUGUUCAUUGACUAUUUGAAAUGUAGAGGUAAAUCAAGUAAGCCUUUGAGAAAGGUAAUAUCUGAACAAAAAAUAUCGAUUAUUGACUCUCAGACAAAUAACGAAAUUGAAACAGUAUAUGAUCAAGGAAAAUUCGAUAUUGUACUCGACUUUAUUGGUGGUUAUGACAUUCUUCGUCAUUCGACUUCAUUGAUUAAUAAAAACGGUGCUUACGUUACGACAGUGGGUGAUUACGUCUCGGAUUAUAAAAAUGACAUUUACAAUUCGCUAGACAAUCCAAGUGCAAAUGCAAGGAAAUUAUUUGGGUCAAUGCUGUAUUCAUAUGAUUAUUCGCAUUUUUAUUUUGAUCCCAAUGUUAAGUUAGCCUCCAAAAACGACUGGAUCAACAGGUGUUACGAACUCCUUGAUAGCCAGAUUGUUACAUGCAUAGUCGAUAAGGUCUACGAUUGGAAGGACCACGAGGACGCAUUUGCAUAUAUGCUAACACAAAGAGCUCAAGGUAAGCUUAUUUUGAGGGUCGAAGAGUUCUGA